AUGACUCUGUGUUUUUUCGUCCGUCGUGCUUUGUACUCCAGGUGGGACGUUGAUGGACACCUCCAAGGGUACGGUCGAUCGGUGGACGUGCUCUUUACAGCGGUUGGAUCAUACGAGUGCUCCGUGGUCGUCUUCGACCCCACCCUGACAGGAAAAGACCCCACCCUGAGGGGGGGCACCACGGGCAACGAGGAGUCGGCGAGAGUGGCGGGGCCUUACAGUUUCACGGUCGAAGUGAAGUACGUGAGGAGGGAGAUACGCUCCUUGAGUGACCAGGACCGCGAGAUGUUCUUCAACGCAGUGGCGGUCAUGCAGAGGGUGCCGAGCGGGGUUGGACAGAUCGUGUACGGGUCGAACUACUACAGCAAGGACUACAUUACCAGGCUUCACCUCUACUAUGGCGGCACGAAAAACUGCGACCACUGGCACCAGGGAGCCGGCUUCGUGACCUCCCACAUGGCCCUUACGCUCAUGUUCGAGCAGUCCUUGCAGGCGAUCAACCCGGCCGUUACGGUGCCCUACUGGGACUUCACCCUCGAGAGCACCUUCUUCGGGUCGUCGGAUUUCCGCUCCAGCGGCGUUUUCGCGGACGACUGGUUCGGCGCGGCGUCUCCUGAUAACGGCCUCCACACCCCGACCAAGGGGCGGUUCGCGUACGCCCCCGCCAUGGCCAACGCCAAGGAGUUCUCCAGUAUCUACAACUCGUACGGCGUCCUGCGGUCCCCGUGGAACAACGACCCCUCGCCCUUUAUGACGAGGAGUUCGAUGAUCUACGGAUUCUUCAACAACCUCAAGCCCUCCGGUUGCUUCGAGUACAGCCACGCCCUCGUAAAUCAGGAUUGGAUGAGCUUUUCCAAGGUCCUGAACGCCGCAGCGCACGGGCACAUCCACGAGACGAUGGGGGGUUCGUGGAACCACUACUUCGGCCACGAGGCAUCGGAGCUCGAUGAGGAGCAAGAUGACAGUGUCAUGACCUUCGCUCACGAGAUACAGGCAAGCGACAGCAGCAACAAUGGAAACGCCGUGCCCGGAUACGAGGCGCUCAGCAAAGAGCUUUGGCGAUCGGGCUUCUUGGACUGCCCGGACACCUGUUCCAUGGACACCCCCUGGCAGGACUGCCAGUGCCAGUGCGACGCCGGGGCCAUCGGCAGCCGCUCGGCGGCGCAGGUGCUGAAGGAGUCCGGGGUGUUGGACUCGGUCUCAUACUACGACUCCACGGGGGAACUCAUCUCGUCCUUCGAGGACGAAAACGGCGACGUGUUGUUCACCCUACCGGGCUACUCCGAGGAGGAGAGCACCCAGAUCUACCAGCAGCUCAUGUACCUGCUGUGCUCCCCGGGACACAUUGGCACCAUGUUCCAGGCCACCAGCACGAACGACAUCACGUUCUGGGUGCUGCACCCCAGCGUCGACAGGUGCGCGAGCGACGACGAGAGACGGAGUAGUUGUUGUUGGUGGUGUAGUAGUAGGUAGGUGCGCGAGGGAAGGAGGAGGUAGUUGGUAGUUUUUGGUUCCUUGACGAAUGAAUAGUCGAAGGAGCAGAGGAGCGAUACCUUCAAGCGAAGCAGCCCUUGGUACAGUAUCCCGUCGUGCUUUCUGCUGCUGUAGGCCCACAAUUUAUUUUUUUGAGGCCGCCCUGGUAAGGGUCCCUCUCCGGUGUUGUGCGAGGAAGAGGAGGUA